AUGCAAGAAAAGGACACGAAGACAUUAAACAACACCCUUGAGGUGGAAGUGAGUGAGGGACAGAUUGAGUCUGUCGAAGAACCAUUCGACGUCAAGGCUGAACGCAGGCUCUUGCAAAAGUUUGAUUGGAAAAUCAUGCCGCUUUUCUGCGCCGCCUACUUCUUUUCCGCGUUGGACAGGUCCAACAUUGGGAAUGCCAAUGUUGCUGGUAUGGCCAAAGAUCUCAAUCUUACCAGCCACCAGUACUCGAACGCCGUGAGUCUUGUGUAUGCGACAUACCUUCCUGUGAUGUUGCCAGGUGUCUGGUUGAUGAGGAAGUUCAACAAACCCAGAUACUACAUGGGUGGAAUGAUAAUCUGCUGGUCAAUUAUCUCGAUAUUCACCUUGUUUGUAAGAAGCUAUGGGUCUCUAGUUGCCAUGCGGUUGCUUCUUGGGUUUUUCGAAGGCUCCUUCUUCAGCUGUAUGACUCUCAUCGCCACGGACUACUAUCUUCCUGACGAGAUCGGCCGCAGAACUUCCUACUACUUUGUUGCCUCUGCCUUAUCGAGUUCCUUUGGUGGACUCAUCGCCACGGGUAUCACCAAAAUUCCAAAGGGUGCUCUCAAACCAUGGCACUAUCUUUAUUUGAUCGAAGGACUCUUGUCUUUGGUAUGUGGGAUCUGCGUCUUAGUCUUCUUGCCCGAUAGUCCCGUCGAGAUGAUUCAUUCGCAAGAGGAAAUGAUCGUUUACAAGAGCAGAAGCGAGAGAAGAAAAACCUACGACGGGUCGAGCCACUUUGACAAGAAGGAGUUUAUUUCUGCAUUUGACUUCAAAAUAGCGUGCUCGGUUGUGAUCCAGUUCUGCCAGGAUGUGUGCUUGUACGGAUUUCUGACCUUUUUGCCCAUCAUAUUGAAGAGCGGGCUUGGGUUUGAUUCUUUGAAAGCCCAGUACUUGACUGUGCCCGUUUAUAUUUUCGCCGGCUUGAUCUACUUGUUUUUUGCUGAGAUUUCGGACCGCACCAAGAUUAGAGGACCCAUCAUCGUUUUCUCCAACAUCUUUGGCAUUGCAGGGUACAUCAUUCUCUUGUGUGUGGAUAAGGCCGGAGUCAAGUACUUUGCGUGCUAUCUUAUUUGCUUUUCCCUCUACAUUGGAACUGGAGUCAACGAGUCGUGGAUUGCCAGCAACACAGCGCCUUCGUUCAAAAGAGGAACCUCUAUUGCCAUCAACCAGUCGCUCGGAAAUAUCUCUGGUGCUAUCAGUCCACAAGUUUACGUCCAUCCACCGGACUACGAGCUCGGCCAUAAAUUUACGUUGGGCUGUUUGUGUGUUUCCUCGGCUGUUUCCAUCAUCUGCACUUUGUAUUUGAAGAGAAAGAACGAGAUCCACCAGAAAAUCUUGGAUUCAGGUGUGGAUGAUCGCAAACAGGCCAGAAAAACAGGCGACGACUCGCCUGAAUUCCGCUUUAUACUCUAA